AUGCCUUCCAACGCCACUACCACAACUGCUGCUGCUGCCACUGCCAACCAGGCGCUGAUUGCUCUUCUUGACAGGCUGAAUCAGCUGGUUGAACAGGUCCUGCGGUCCCAGUCAGAAGAGGAGAAAAUGGGAUUGAGCUGGACCAUUGCGUCUCAAUUGAACGAUGCAAUCCGUUCUUACCAGACAGUGGCUACCUACAUCCCCCUUCACCUGCUGUCAAUGGCAGCCGAAAUCCAUCGGGCUCAGAGGGGUACCGUGCGCUUGGUGCAAGUACCGGAUUGGAAUCUAGUUGGGAGCAAUGAGGACAUCUGCCGGGGUCAUCCCUUAUACCCCAAGACAUUGGGUCCGGCACCCAAUGUUACCACCCCUACUGCUGGAGCCACUGGAUCUGCACCUCAACUGGCACUGGCACCAGUACCGGUACCGGCACCUGUACCAGCACCUGCACCACCUUCCCUGUUGCCUCCUUCAAUCGCUACUUUACUGGCUCCCAGUACAACAAUCGGCAUCCCUGGAGGUAGCAACUCCAUUGCAAUUCCGGGCCCAUCCAAACCUCACAAAUGGCAAUUUAGUGCCAGCCCCCCCCGUCCGGUCAAGAAGGCCCAGAAGGCUGCCCAGAAGUCGAAGGUGAUCUUGACUGACACCGAUACUGACACUGAUGGGAUCCGCAUUGGGAAUGGUAAGGUGAAAGGCAAAGGGAAAGGCAAAGGCAAGAGUACUCAGACCCGGAAUUCAACACGCAACAUGAUGAAAAAGAAAUUACUGGUCGUGGUCAUCAGUACACGGCCGAUGCCACCUGCAACAGCAGAUGCGACUGAUUUGGAAUACGAACUGGAGGAAGAUGACGAAGAUCGAAUGGAGCCCACUGAUGACUCCCAAUCCAACCAAAUGUCAAGCCGGCCAAAGGAGAAGAACCGUAAAUAUGGCGCAGGAGCUGACCAGCCCAAGGUGAAGGGCAAGGCCAAGCGUCCACAUCCGAAACCCAUUGGUGCGCCUCUACUGCCAUGUGAGAGAUGGGUGACCAAGAGGGGUGAGGUUGCCCAUACUUGCACCCUUUGCAAUAAAUGGAGGAUGAAAUGCAUCCGGCCGAUGCAACCAGACACGCCUGCAACUGGUACCGACAUUAACGCUCAGCAUCCUAGUCCCAUCCCGGAGGAACCGGAUGUCGAUGUUGAGAUGGACGCUGGAGUCACAACCACCGGUCUUCCCAGUACUGCCCCAGAUGAAGUACCUGCGGUAUCUGUGGACGAUUUUUCUAUGGACCGGUGGAUCGAACCCAUGGAUGACAGCAUCUUACCUCCAGCACCAUUCAUGGACACACCGGACGACAUCCGGUACUCGCCCAUCUAUCCGGCUCAUACUCAAAGACCUCCCUCCCCUCCAACUACUUCGAUACCUCUUCAGUCUCACUGGCAUCCCUGUCCUUUAACUGAUUUGGAGAUGCAAGCCAUGUUGGCCCAAAUUCAGAUCGACAUGGAUCAGCUCCGCACACGUGAUGACAUGAUUCAUGAUGAGCUGUCUCAUCGCAUCGACCGGCUGCAAGCUAACUAUACAGAGCAAUUGAACAGCCAGAAGGGACUGGUGGAUCACUUGACCAUUCAGAUGGGCGGCACUGCCCGGUACCUCAGGGACAACUCAAGAACCACUGCAGCAAUGGCCUCAACUCCACCCUCAUUCAAUCCACCACCCAUUGUCAUCCCUGGUACCCCCAUAUUUCCUGAGUUUGGCUCCAUCAGUGCCUUGGGUCGCGCCGUCACCAACAAUGUCUUUACUCUGGAUGUGUUUUCAACCAAUGCACGCCCUGGUGGCAAUGCCUCACCGGUCACAAGGCACGAGCAGUCACCUGCACCCACCUCUACCUCUACCUCCACCAUCAACCCUGUGCCUACCACAGGGGAAUCCGGUCCACCCAUGCAUCCGGUUGGUGCACUUCCGGUACCACCUUCCACUGUCCCAAUGCAAUCUAUGCCCUCUACUAGCACUCUUCGCACGUUCAUCACCAGGCCAUCAAAUGUGCCAGCAGAUGGUCAGUCCAUCUCAGCUCCUUUGCCCAACUGGUCAUUUGCACCUCAAUCCCGUCAACAAGGUCGGUCAGUGAGUGCUAGGCAUGCUAAGAACACUUCCGGUAAUGGGCCCAAGUAA